GCUUCUUAGUAGGAAAAAUAAUGCACUCCCCACAAGUCUUUGCGAAAUGACUAACAUGUAAAACAUCGUAGACUUGCUUUCAAUGGAAAUGACAGUAACAAGUUACAUAUUGUAGCUUUAAGCGAAAAAGUAAAUGUUGUGUGCACUACAUCCUCACGUAUGGACUUUUAUCCACAACAAGCCUGUUUGGUGGAAACACCACUGGUGGGAAAAUGUGCAUAUCUUUCUUUGUGUAUUUGAGAAUAUUCAUAUGGAAAUCUGUUGCCAAUUUGCUGGAAACCUAGCUAUCGACGUUCUUAACGAGGCUCGUCUCACAUUGGUGACCGCAGAUCAAAGCUGAGAAUGUACCAUUUGACUUUAUUAAAAAAAAAGUUUGCUUAUAUUUCUCAAAAAAGUAUGUAAACACUACGAGGCCACACCUAUCCUUUGUAUGCUAUAAUUUUGUUGCCAAUCUGCAGAGGUCAGAACACCAGCACCUGUGUGAAACUCGUUAGGCCAGAGCUGUACGUGAGUAUCCCAGUCUUUAGCCAGGUGAAACAUUUUAUUUCAGUCUUGGUAUAGGAAAGACAUCUAGAAAAGAUAGGCUAUAUAGGAAAUCAGGAGUAUGAUCUUUGGAUUUGCAUUAUAUUAUUCAUGUUUUUUGGCAGGUUGUUGCAUGUUUUCCUCCUUUAACGUGACCACUGAGAAAUGUCUGUUUAUAUAUAUAUGGUAAUCAGGCAGGUGAUUGAGUCUGACAGGCGUGCCUUAUAAUCAGCAGCCUGACGACCCCGAGCGCCAGAGAGGGAGUGUACUGACAUAUGGCUUUGGUGCAAUGACGUAAUUCCCAGGGAUACACAGAUAUUUAUGAAAAAAGGUUUUUGCCAAGGAAAGGACCUCUUCUUCAAUGACAAAGGACUCCUACUCCCAGAAUCCUACAAGAUUGGCUGGAUGGAGGCUAUUGAUGACGACAAAUUAAUCUCUGACAUCACCAUACCUGGUACCCAUGACACCAUGGCUCUCUAUGGAGGCCCAGCGGCAGAGUGUCAGGCCUGGGAUUUGGGGGAUCAGCUGAGGGCUGGCAUACGCUAUCUGGACCUCAGGAUAUUCGCCUUUGAAAACAAACUCUAUGUCAUGCACUGGGUUGUCUACCAACACAAGUCCUUCUAUGAGGUCCUUGAUACGAUCAGAGCAUUUUUGUCUGAAUUCAGAAGUGAGACGGUUCUCGUUAGAGUGAAGCCUGAUUUGUUUGAUAAAGAGAAUGUUGAGGAGCUGGUUGGAAAAAUGAUUAUUGAUGAUACAGAUGUAUGGGUGAAGUCUGACAUGCCAACUAUGGCUGAGGCAAGAGGAAAGAUGAUAUUUGUACAGAAAUCCAGCUUUAAGCUGGGCAUUCCUCUCUUGGAAACAGACAGCAAAGGUGACUAUGAAGUUACUCAUAUUGCAGACAAGGAGAACAAAAUAGUGAAACACUUGACACAAGCUUCAGGUGAUUGUGGUGGGGAUUAUAUCGUUCUGAGCUACUCCAGUGGCACUGGCAUUGGCACACUGUUGGGCAUGUUUCUAACUCCCAAGAAGGUGGCUGAAAAGAUUAACCCAUGGCUCGAUCAGUAUCUGAGACAGUUCUCCAGGGACCACAGCAGUGUAUGUUUCGGAGUGAUUGCCAUGGACUUUCCUGGUAUCGACCUCAUUCAAACAGUCAUCAAGAUCAAUGAUUGGUGAAGUGUUCACCCAUGGAAGUCAUGAUUAUAUUGCUUUCUGAAAUGUUAGUUGACGCCAUUAGAUUAAGUGCAGCAACAACACAUGACACAUACUAUACUUGAUUGUGCUCAUAUUGAAAAGGAGCGAGAUAGAAGACUGACAAAGUAAAGAAUUUAAUGAUUGGAACGUAGUAUUGGCAUGCGCUCUUAAACAAUAAUAAUGAAGACUUGGCACUACACGUUUUUGUACUUUGCCCCUGCUUGCUGUAUUAAAAACAAAGAAAAUCAUUAAAAUUGUAAAGAACAA